AUGCUGAUGUCAUCGAAAAGCGACGAAACAUAUUGACAAUCAGAGUGCUGAUGGAAGGGAGUUAUGGCUUCGGGGGAAGAUGAAGUCAACCUUUUGGUUAUUGUAGUUGAUGUCAACCCUAUCUGGUGGGGACAGCAGGCACUGCUUCAGUCAGAGGUCAGCCUUCCAAAAUGUAUUGAUUCUGUGCUGGUAAUGGGAAAUGCCCACCUGUUUAUGGGCCGUAACAAUAAACUUGCUGUAAUCGCCAGUCAUAUACAAGAGAGUCGUCUCUUGUUUCCGGGAAAACAGUGGAAAUGUGGGGAUCUUUCUGCAGAGGCAGCAAUCCAAGAAUCCAAUGUUUCUGGCAGCAAAGAUGGCAAAUAUGAACUGCUGACAGCAGCCAAUGAAAUGAUUGUGGAGGACAUCAAAGAUCUAAUGACCAAAACUACAGAACUGAAAGGACAAAGGACAGAAACGCUGUUAGCAGGAUCACUGGCCAAAGCCCUUUGCUAUAUUAAUAAGAUCAACAAAGAUGCUUCAGCUGUGCAGGAAGUGAAAUCUAGAAUUUUGGUAAUUAAAGCAGCAGAAGACAGUGCUCUACAAUAUAUGAAUUUUAUGAAUGUAAUAUUUGCCUCACAGAAGCAGAAUAUUAUCAUUGAUGCGUGUGUGCUGGGCUCUGAUUCUGGACUACUACAGCAGGCUUGUGACAUUACAGGAGGUAUCUAUCUGAAGAUACCAAAAGUAAACUCACUUCUGCAAUAUUUAUUGUGGGUUUUCCUUCCUGACCAAGAUCAGCGGUCACAGCUGAACCUUCCACCACCAGUCCAUGUGGAUUACCGAGCUGCAUGCUUUUGCCAUCGCAACAUGAUUGAGAUUGGCUACGUUUGUUCAGUUUGCUUAUCUAUAUUUUGUACCUUCAGUCCCAUCUGCACCACAUGCGAGACUGCCUUUAAAAUCUCACUUCCUCCUGUAAUGAAAGCAAAGAAGAAGAAAUUAAAAGCUAUGUUUUAAACAGAAGUCCAAAAGCCUGUGUAGGCCAUGCAAGUGUUCCUGUAAAAUACUCAUUACUCUUCACAGUGACCAGCAUUAUUAUGGCUGUGUUUGCUGCAUUGUUAUGCUGUAGUUUUGCAGUAUGUUAGUUUGUGUUGUAAUUUAACUCAUUUAGCUGCUAUGUUUAACUAAAAACGUUAGCAACUUCAAAAAUCCGGUCAUUUGAGGUGAGAAUUUAGGAAUAUAGUGUGAAGAGUAUGUAUACUAUGUAUAUUAAGAGAUGUACUGUUAGAGCAAUUCAUUAACUAAAUGUCAUGGUGUCAUUUAGAAGAAGAAAGAAAAGGACACUUUUGUGACUUUUAUUUCAGAAAAAAGAUUUUUUUUUGUUUGAAAAGUUUAAAAGUUUGUAUGUUUUGCAAAUGUUUUUGUAUAAAAUAAAUAUAUGCUUUUUUAUUAAUAA